AUCAUCAUUCUAGCUCCAUUCAUUCUUCUUCUUCUGUUUACAUAUUGUGGUUUCUUCUCUACGUGUUGUGAAUUAGGGUCUUACAGUUUCUACAAAAAAGACAAAAGAAUUAGGGUUUUGCAGUGAAGAUAAUCUUAUCAGUAACUAUGGAGGGGGGAGAUAUUCCGUUAUUUUUAGAGCCUGGGCCAGUGAUACUGCCUCCCAGUGGGACUGGGGAGUCAAAGACCGGUGGCAUUCAUGAAGUUAAGGGGUUUCAGAACAGUGUUGAGAUCGAUGAACUCGCCCUUUUCGCCGUCAAUGAACACAACAAGAAACAAAAUAAGGUUGCUGUGUUUGAAAAGGUGGUGAAUGCAAAGGAACAAGUGGUUGCUGGUACCAUCUACUAUCUCACUAUUGAGGUAAUUGAGGAUGGUAAGAAGAAGAUCUAUGAAGCCAAAGUCUGGGUGAAGCCAUGGAUGAACUUCAAGGAGGUGCUAGAGUUCAAGCUCGUUGAUGGUCCUGAUAAGCAAGGUUGACUAUUCUCUCAAGGAUUUGGUAGAGAGAUGGGUUGUAGUGGAAGACAAUAAUGUAAAGUCCUAUUAAUUAACUAUGUUUAAUAAGGCAUCUCAUGUCAAAGUCUUUACAGUAUUUCAAGAAUGUUCUUUAUUCAUUAUCUGAUGCAAUCAUACAAUAAGCCAUAAGGGCAAUUCUGUAAAUAUAGUGUGAUUUUAUAAUAAUAAUAAUAAUUAAUAAUAAGUGGUGUGCUGGAAUUGAUUUUUUUA